AUGAGAAAAUCAACAGCAAAGCAGAGAAAACAUGGAGAUAAAUGGUAUCAUCUUGCAAAGGAACAAGGAUAUCGGUCACGUUCUUCAUUUAAGCUUAUUCAGUUGAAUAAAAAGUACCGUUUUUUAGAAAAAACUAAAGUCUUGAUUGAUUUAUGUGCAGCACCAGGAGGAUGGCUUCAAGUAGCUUCUAAAUAUUGUAUGCCAGGAUCCUUGAUAUGCGGUGUUGAUUUAGUUCCAAUAAAACCAAUUCCAAAUGUUGAAACUUUUGUAGAAGAUAUUACUACUGAUAAAUGUCGUAAAAAACUUCAGCAAUAUUUAAAAACAUGGAAAGCAGAUACUAUUCUUCAUGAUGGAGCACCAAACGUAGGGAUGGCAUGGAUUCACGAUGCAUAUUCUCAAGCAGAGCUUGUUUUAAAGUCUUUAAAAAUAGUUACCGAAUUUUUAAUUUCUAAUGGUACAUUUAUUACUAAAAUUUUUCGGUCAAAAGAUUAUAAUAGUUUAUUAUGGGUUUUAAAUCAAUUAUUUAGAAAAGUUGAGGCAACUAAGCCCUUAGCUUCAAGGGAUGUUUCGGCAGAAAUAUUUGUAGUUUGUCAACAAUAUAAAGCACCUGAUAAGAUUGAUCCCAAGUUUUUAGAUCCAAGGUUUGUUUUUGAGGAUUUACCUUGCUCAGUUCCGGACCAUGUAACAAGAUUAUUUAACCCUUCGAAAAUAAAGCGUCAAAGAGAUGGUUAUGAAGAUGGAAAUUAUACUCAACAUAAAACAGUGACUGCAGAAGAAUUUUUGAACUCGAAUAACCCGAUCGAAAUUUUAAGUAUUGCUAGUGUGAUCAGUCUUGAUGACAGAGAUUUAGAAAAUUAUAAAGGAAUUAAAAAUUUCGAUAUUACUACAGAAGAGAUUAUUCAAUGUUGUAAAGAUCUUAAAGUUCUUGGAAAAAAAGAUUUUCGUGGUUUACUUAAAUGGAGAACACUUGUUAGGGAAAAGUUAGGUUUAUCUGAAAAAAAAGAAACCAAUUUGCAAGAAAAAGUCGAAAUAAUACCGUUAAAUGAAGAAGAAGAAAUUGAACAAGAGAUGAACAGAUUAAAUAAUCAACAAAUUAUGAAAAAAAAAAGAGAAAAACGACGAAUGUUAGAAUCAAAGAAAAAAAGCAUUCUUCGUUUACAUUUGGGAAUGGUUGAACCUUUCGAUAUUGGGUUGGAGCAAUCUGAAACUAUUUCAGAAGACCCUAUUUUUGAAAUACCUUCUUUUAAAGAGCUCGAUAAAUUAGAAGUUGAAAAUGCAGAAAUGGAUUUAAUUUCUGAAGAUGAUAUUGAUACAACAGAACCCGAGACAGAAUUUGAAGAUAGUGAAGAUAAUUUAGAUAAUAUGGAGAAGGAACUUAAUCUAAUGUAUGAAUAUUAUCGAUCUAAAAAAAAGGAAUUUAAAUCAAAAAUUAAUGGUAAUUUUAAUGAAACUAACAAUGAUGAACUAAAUACCAUUGAAAUUGAUGAUAAAUCGGAAAAACAUUCAGAUUUUGAUCUUAAAGAUGAAAACCAGAGUAGUAAUUUUGAAAGUAGUUCGGAUGAAUCAGAAUUUAUAGAUCCAGAAGAAAAAGGCGAAUUAACUCAAAAAGCAAAACUAUUUUUUGAUAAUGAUAUUUUUAAAAUUCAUAAUAAUUAUUUUGAGAAUUUGGAUAAUGUUAAAACUGUAGAGAAUAGAUUAUUAAAAACUCGUAAAAAUCAGUCUAAACCAUCAUGUAAAAUUCAUAAUGACGUAUCAAAUGAUAAUAUCAAAAUAUUAAAUGGAACAACUGAAAAAAAUCAAAAUAUUUUAAUUCAAAAAAAAAUAAAUAAAUUAGUAGAUAUUACAACAGCAGAGGAAAUGACAUUAGCUCGAAGUAUAGCAUCUAAAAAAAAAUCUAAAAAAGAUAUUAUUGAUGAUUCUUAUAAUAAAUGGUCUUUUCAAGAUAAUAAGAAUCUCCCAGAAUGGUUUUUGGAUGAUGAAAGAAAACAUAAUAGAAGAAAUCUUCCUAUUUCUAAAGAAGCUGCUAUGGUUAUUCGAGAAAAACUUAGAGCUAUGAAUGCACGUCCUAUUAAAAAAGUAUUGGAAGCUAAAGCACGUAAAAAAAUGAAAGCAAUGAAAAGAUUGAAACGAAUACAAGAAAAAACAGAUUUAAUAAUCCAAACCAAUGAUAUGAGUGAAAAAGAGAAAUCGGAAAAUAUUAAGAAACUUUUAAAAAAGUCCGUAAAAUUCAAGAAUAGAAAUAAAGUAAAAAUAGUAGUUGCAAAAGGUCUAAAUAAGGGAAUUAAAGGAAGACCAAAAGGAGUAAAAGGGAGAUAUAAAUUUGUUGACUCUCGAAUGAAAAAAGAACUAAGAGCAGCAAAACGUAUAGCUAAAAGAAGAAAAUAA